UUGUCUUCCAAGCUAAAGGACACUCCCAAAUUUCUAAGACUCAUCCUUCCAUUGCUUGCUUCUCUUUCUCUUUCUCUUUCUCUUCAUUGGAAUCUCUCGUUUUCACUGAGCGGUUUUGGCGUCUUGCACUUUGCCGUGCAGCAUUAUCAAUGGCUAGAAAGCCUCCAUUUUUUCUCCGCGUUCAAUAAUAGCAUAGCCUCCAUUCAUCUCCCUCUCGUUCGCACAAAGAAAUCCUUAAUUGGAGCUCAAAGAUCUCAUCUUUGUGUUUAGAUGGAUGUGGGAUGGAGUUUCUCUUGUCUUUCUCUGUGUUCUGUGGUUCCGAGCUGUGUGAAUGAAUGGCGAACUUUGGUGCCCCUUUCUGUUCCUGAUUUCAAGGAAUUUAUGAUAAAAAUCUAGUCUUUCUUCAAGUGUUAUCUAUUGGAUUCAAGAAUCUGAUCAUAAAAACAAGGUCAGCGAAGAAUUAAAGAAAAAAAAAGGAGAAAUCAUACUAGUAGGAAUGGAAAAACAGAAUAGUUUUCGUGGAGCUUUGGAGAAACUGCAGAGUUUUCGGUUGGGUGGAAUGGAGAAGCAGAAGAGCUUUAAGAUGAAAGGGAUGGAAAAACAGAAGAGCUUCAAAUUGGGUUCGGCCGAUAAGCAACAGAGCUUUCGAGAGAAGAAGAAUAGGGAUAGUUUCGGUAAGCGGGGGGAUACACCACUUCAUUUGGCCGCAAGAGCUGGCAAUGCAGUGAAUGUGGAGAAGAUUCUUGUUGAGUGUGAUCAGAGUUUGUUGAAUGAUCUUGUGUCGAAGCAGAAUCAGGACGGAGAAACAGCAUUGUAUGUCGCCGCCGAGAAUGGUCAUGAGGAUGUUGCCCAUGUGUUGUUGAAGGUUUCGGACAUUCAGUCUGCUGCUAUCAAGGCUAAUAACAGCUUUGAUGCUUUUCAUAUUGCUGUAAAGCAGGGAUAUUUAGAAGUUGUGAGGGAGCUCUUGCAUGCUUUCCCUGCGCUGGCUAUGACUACGAGCACAUCAAAUUCCACGGCUCUGGAUACUGCAGCCACUCAAGGCCAUGUUGAAAUUGUUGAUCUAAUACUACAAACAGAUGCUGGCCUUGUGAAGAUCGCUCGAAGCAAUGGCAAAACAGCUUUGCAUUCUGCAGCAAGAAUGGGACAUGUUGGAGUGGUGAGGUCUAUUUUACAGAAGGAUCCAAGCAUCGGUUUGAAGACUGACAAGAAAGGACAGACAGCUUUGCACAUGGCAGUGAAAGGCCGGAAUGUUCAAAUGGUGCUGGAAUUAAUUAAACUCGAUCCUUCAGUUAUCUCUUUGGAAGAUAACAAGGGAAAUACGGCAUUGCAUAUUGCCACCAGGAAGGGUCGCUCUGAGAUGGUGCAGACUUUGUUAUCAAUCGGGGGAAUCAAUGUCAAUGCAGUGAACAAAGCAGGCGAAACAGCACUUGGGAUUGCAGAAAAAGAAUUCAAUGAAGAGAUCUCAGCCAUUUUAAAAAAAGUCGGUGCAGUGGCAUCAAAGGAACAACCUACUCCUGCCAACCCUGCAAAGCAGCUCAAGCAAACAGUAAGUGAUAUAAAGCAUGAUGUUCAGUCGCAGCUUGUAGAGACCCGCCAAACCGGAAAAAGAGUGCAUAACAUCAAGAAGAAAAUCCAGAAGCUGCACAUCGGUGGCCUGAACAAUGCCAUCAACUCCAACACAGUUGUUGCAGUGCUCAUUGCCACGGUGGCCUUUGCAGCAAUUUUCACAUUACCCGGUCAGUAUGUCGACUCUCCAGAUGGCGAUCUUACUACCGGGCAGGCAAACAUAGCAAAGAAUGCAGCAUUUCUGAUCUUCUUGGUGUCUGAUGCGCUCUCACUCUUUAUCUCUCUUGCUGUGGUCGUUGUUCAGACAUCAUUGAUCGUCACGGAGCAAAAGGCAAAGAAGCUAAUGGUGUUUGUGAUGAACAAGUUAAUGUGGUUGGCAUGCUUGUUCAUAUCGAUAUCAUUCAUUUCGCUCUCCUAUGUUGUGGUUGGCAAAAGAGACCGAUGGCUCGCCUUUGCCACGACGGUCAUUGGUGCAUCAAUCAUGCUCGGAACACUCGGGUCAAUGUGUUACUGCAUUAUCAUGCAUCGUAUCGAGGAGAAGAACUUGAGGAACAUAAGGAGAGCCUCUGCGAGCCGAUCUCGAUCAUGGUCUAUGUCGAUGAUGUCGGAUCCGGAGAUUUUGAACAGUGAGUGUAAAAGAAUGUAUGCGCUCUAGAAUUGGUAGCAUUUAGAAUCCAUCUACAGAUACUUUGUAUAUAAUACUAGACAUGGCUAUAACUGCAGAAUGCUGCCCUUUCUUAAUGGUUAAUUAAAAUAAUAUUGCUCCCAACUCUGAUUAUUGUUGGGGUUAAAUAUGUAA